AUGUCUUCCUCAGAACAGCUCCCGAAAAACGAAGAAAGUACGAAACAUACGGAACAUGUGGUUACUCGUCGGCUCAAAGCUCCAUAUUUAAGCGGAUUUAUUCUACGAAUUAUGAUUUUCUUGAUGGAUUAUAUGCCAGGCGUUACUAGAUACUUAUUUUGGAACGCAGGACUUAAGGCAUUGCGGAAGUUAAGCAUUGAUGACUGUCCGACACUUAUACCACUUCCUCUACCAAAAGAAACAUUUGGAAUUGUGGAAACAAAGACAGUUGAUGGCUUAGAAAUUUUUGAGAAACAAAAGAACUUGCAACAGAAAGAUUAUUAUUCCUCGGGAUUUUUACGUGCAAGCGAUUUUCAUGAAGCAUAUCUUGCUAAAAGAGUCACUCCUCUACAAGUAUGCGAAGUGCUUAUAAACAAAAUUGAGGAAUCGCUUAAGAAAUGUAGUCCUCCACUUAAUGCCAUUAUUAAAUACAAACGCGAUGAUAUCAUCGCGCAAGCUACUGCAUCGACGGAACGAUACGCUAAUAAUAGUUCGUUGGGUCUGCUUGAUGGCAUCCCGAUAGCAGUUAAGGAUGAGAUUGAUGUCAAAGGUUAUGAAACUAAUGUUGGUACCAAGUUUAUAAAUUAUGGAAAUCCAGCUACUAGUGAUGCUACCAUCAUAGAAAGACUAAGAGAGAAAGGUGCAAUUAUUCUCGGGAAAACUUCAAUGCAUGAAAUCGGAUUUGGGAUCGAUGAUAUUGAACUUCUUAAAAUAUCUAGUUCUACAAAUAAUAAUCCAUUUGUAUGUACACCACGAAAUCCCUAUAAUACUGAUUAUUAUCCUGGCGGAUCGAGUGGAGGUAGCGGUGUUGCUGUUGCCUCCGGAUUAUGCCCAAUAGCCAUUGGACGUGAUGGUGGAGGUUCUGUCAGAAUACCUUCAUCUUUUUGUGGUAUUUAUGGUCUAAAAACAACUUGUGGAAGGUUUUCUGAUGAUGGCCAAUAUCCGCUUGCGCAUUCAGUUGCCGUAUCAGGCCCCAUGGCUGCAAGUGUGGACGAUUUAGCGUUAGCAUAUUAUGUCAUGGCUGGAAAAGAUCCAAAGGACCCCAAUACUUUGCAUCAGCCUUUGCCCACAUUACAUGGAUUUCACGUUACUAAUAAGUUAAGUGACUUGAAAAUUGGUGUUUAUUCAAUGUGGAAUAAGCAAGUGGAUAAUCCAGCCAUUACUACAGCAUUAAAUAAUUUUAUUGACGAAUUAAAACUUCGCGGCGCUAAAAUUAUUGAGAUUAAAAUUCCUGAACUUGAGGAAGCGCGAAUAGCACAUUUGCUUACUAUUGGUACUGAACUUACCACUGUCGCAAAGAGACAUAAGGAUAAGAUGCAUUUAUUUUCAUGUCCUACUCGUUCAAAUAUUAACGUAAUGAAAUUAGCCACUGCAUCAGAUUAUAUUGUGUCCCAACAAGUUCGUACACGAAUUAUGCGUACACUUAAUAACCUUUUCAGUAAUCAAGUUGAUCUAAUUUUGACUCCUGCAACUGCCAUUACCGCUCCAAAAAUUUACCCACGUGCAUUGGCACAUGGUGAAGUAGAUGUAACUAUGAUAUCUGAUAUAAUGAGAUUUGUUCAAUUGGCGAAUUUUGCCGGGGUUCCUGCUGUUUCUGUACCAGCUGGGUAUGAUGAUAAUAAUUUACCAAUUGGAUUACAAUUUAUUGCCAAGUGGUAUGAUGAAGCAACGUUGUUGCGGAUUGCUAAAACUUCCGAAGAAAUUUUAGGAAAUAGGAGGAAAAAACCUUCUGACAAAUUUUGGUUUGGUAAUUAUGUUCAAGAAGUUUCCGAAAAUUUUUUUGGAGAAUCUUGA